AUGGAAAAAAGUAUGGAUUUACUAUUUUCAAAAUUAGAGGAGAAACUUAAUCUACAAGCUACAGUAAUAUCUAAUGAAGUUACAAAAAAUAUAAUGCAAGCCUUAGAUGAGAAGAUGAAAUCACUUAUAUGGAUACAUUUGGAAAGCCAAGAGAUAGCAAAUUUAUAUAGAAUUGGUCGCCCUUCAAACAAAAAUCGACCAGUAGUGGUGUCCUUUACAACAAAAUGGAAAAAACACCUUGUGCAACAAAACAAGACUAACCUUCCGCAAGGCAUCUAUCUUAAAGAAGACUAUUCCAGAGAGGUACUCGUGACCAGAAAGGAACUUCAACCGAAACUGGAGGAGGAAAGAAAGAAGGGAAACAUAGCUUACUUAAAGUACGACAAGCUGAUAGUAAAGAAAGCAAAUGAAAAUAAUCGUGAGAAGAGGAAAAGAGAUAAAUCAGAAUCACCAGUUACAAAAAAUUACACAAAGAAGCAGCUGACUAACAGCAGUCCAAACUCAACCAUCAUGUCAUCUGUAAAUGUUGCAAAAGAAAUACUAAAACCAAAUAUACUAAAUUAUAUGGCACGUGGAAGAUCUUAUUCCUUAUCAGAAUCAUCAAAAAACUAA